CUGGACCGUAUGACACUGUGCCUGUCAAGUUGCGCACCAACAUCGAUGCCAACGACGAGAGACUAUUUGCUUCACCUUCUUCAUUCAAACGACUAGGCAUUUUCUCAAACCUUCAGCAUCAAUUUCUCGGUUUCAAAUGGAAAACGUCCCGGACCCUGAGGGCAUACCGGUAGAUAGCCCACCGACACCAAAAGAGAUACCUUCAACCACUUCACCUUCGCCAAAGGAACCAGAAAGUCUCAUCAAGCACAGUGUUGAAUAUGUCAACAGCUCAUCCGACGAAAGAAUUUCGUUUGAUGGAAACAACGAAGAGACCAGCGAGUACACCGAGCCCCUCGUUCUGGAGUACAUCGAAGUUCGCCGGACGAAUGAGUCAAUCGAGGCUUUAAAGUCCACCCAAGAUUCGAAGAAGAAAUUGAGAGAAGUGGGCAAAGGCCACCCCUACAUCCGAAUUCUUUCUCCAGCCGUAAAUGAGGCCUUGCGUUGCGUGGUUGACUACUAUCCCGAACUUGACCUUUCUGGAGAGGUCAUCGAAAUCUAUGCCCCGUAUGCGGUAUUUUUCUUUUUCGAGAAGCAGUUAACAGAGUAUCGUCAACGACUGGAAGAAAAGUCCUCCGAGUAUGAGAGCCCACCAACAUGUGCGAAUAAAUUCGCGGCGAAGCAUAUUGCUAUCGCUCAAGAAUUUGUCAACAACAAGUAUCAAAGCGCUGUUGAAGCCGAACGCGAGCGUCAUUCCCGGGGAUACGCCACGUACGAUAUGCUAUGGCUGCUCUACAAGCCAGGGUCUGACAUAUUCUUCGACAUUCACCUCGUGGAUGAGCAUGAACCAUAUGUGAUGAUGCAGGUCAAUUUCGUCUUGGUAGAUGGCACAACGGACAAAUUCGGCAUCACAGCCUGGAACAUGGAUGCGAACUCUACCUGGGUUGGACCCUCACAGAUUUCCUCGCAUGUCACCCGCUUCGCCGGGGAGAAAGAGAUCGUGUCCCUCCAGGCAUACCCUUGUGAGUACCUGCGAUUUACAAAGGACAUCACGGAACAAGAUGUCAUUGACAUCGAACGCCAUUUCAUUGAACGUGGCAAGAAAUGGUUCGAUACUCGACGCAAGAAUGGCUGCUACUAUUUUGACGGAAUGAAUUCAUACUUCCCCAGACGUCAAUUCGUGAGCUAUGCCAUGGUAGAUCCCAUUCAAUAUUACAUGCGCAACGAGGGCCAGUAUCAAACGGAAAGAAGACUCCUCAUGGGUAGUGUUGAACACCCGUCAGCCCCCUUCAAGAUUUGCUCUUGCAAUCGCUGUGAAGAACUCAUCUACAAACACGCUGCAAAGCCACGAUUUGAGGGUUACCGCCACAUCAACCCCCUGGUCGCUGAGGGCUUGACUGAUCAUCAAUAUUUUCUUUGUGACAACACAGUUGAGGCAUUUUUGUUUAAGACGCGGUCAUGGGAGCUCCUCAACAUUUCGGGAUUCGAGGAACCUUCGUUCGACAAAGGCCUCUUCGAGCGCCUUGUCAUGAAAGAGUCCACCAAAGAUUUGAUCAAAAGCCUCACCCGAAUGUAUAUCCGAGAUGGCACAGGUCCAUCGCUUCAGGAAGAAAAACCCUUCAUCAAAAUCAUUGAUGUGCAUAAAGUUGCCCACGCAGGGAAAUCGCGAACCACCUGGUCUGCCGACUUCAUUCAAGGUAAAGGAGAAGGGUUGACCUUUCUCCUGCAUGGCAAACCAGGAGUUGGAAAAACUUAUACAGCCGAAUGCAUUGCCAACUUCACAGAAAGACCACUACUGUCUUUGACUUGUUCCGACAUUGGUGUUGAGCCAACGGAAAUCGAAGCAAACCUCCUUAAAUGGUUCAAAUUAGCGGAGAAAUGGGGCGCUAUCAUGCUGAUUGACGAAGCUGACAUCUACAUGGAACAAAGGCAGGUGCAAGAUAUAGCGCGUAACCACUUGGUGGCAGGUUUUCUCCGUGCUCUUGAGUAUUUCAAGGGUAUCCUGUUUCUGACCACCAACCGUGUGGGAACAUUCGAUGAAGCCUUCAUUUCUCGCAUCCAAGUGCAGCUAUAUUAUCCUGAAUUUGGAGACGAUGAUCGCGACAAAGUUUGGGACACCUUUUUUCAGAAGUUGGAGGAAGAUCGCGAGACAACAAUGCGAAUCCCUCAAUCAACAAAAGACUAUGUGCAGUCUCGGGAGCUCCGCGAACUUAAAUGGAAUGGGAGAGAGAUUAGAAAUGCAUUCCAAGUCGCGGUUGCCCUCGCCGAGUCCCAAGGAGAGAAGGAUCGUGAAGGCCGUGUGUUAAUCAAGCGAGACCACCUCAAGGCCACUGUUCAAAUGUCCAAGGAGUUCAAGGAAUAUCUUCUUAAACUCCACAAGCAGGAUCCAGGCAAGAGAGCUGCCAUGUUGGGUAACAGAUAUGACGCGUAUGACUCAACGGCAGCUUCGGCAGACAAGAAGGUUUCGGAGAAAUAUUAAGCUAAGCCCCUGGUUUAUUGAAUUCGAACUUGGCUUCCUUGAUUUCGAUAAUAUCGCUGUCGCAUCACAAUCUCAUUUCUAAUAUUCUUACACCA